AUGACGACAACCACAAAAACAACACCACCCAUCGCCCUCCCGCCUUCACAACACCAAUCCCCCCGCCGCCCGCACCCCUGGUACCACCCACUCACCAUCGACCUCCUCGCCGACAUCGCCAACCGCAGCAUCCUGCACCCCUUCAUCGCAUGCCUGAUCCCGCUCUGCCUGAGCGCCAUCGGCACGCCGACGACGUGGCUGCGGUUCCAGGUCGCCUGCGCCUACGCCAUCGCCGUGACGCUGUGGACGCUACUGGUGCAGCACUACGGGCGACGGACGGCGUUCGGGCCCCCGCGCACCGUCAGCCUGGACGACGAGGUCGUCGUCGUGACGGGCGGCGCGCGCGGGCUGGGCGCGCUGGUGGCCGAGGUGUACGGGAUGCGCGGCGCGAGCGUCGCGGUGCUGGACGUGGCGGGCGAGGACGAGGUGGGUGCGGAGAGGCUGCUGGAGGAGAAGAACGUGACGUAUUAUCGGUGCGACGUGGGGGAUCGCGCGGAGGUGGAGAGGGUGUAUAAGAGGAUUGAGAGUGAUCUCGGAACCCCGACCGUCUUGAUCAACAACGCUGGCGUUGUGAACGGCAAGCCGCUGCUCGAGCUGUCGCCGGCCGAGAUCGAGCGCAACUUCCGCGUCAACCUGCUCGCCCACUACAACACCCUGCAAACUUUUCUUCCCGGCAUGUUCAACGCGCCCAACGGUGGUACGAUUGUGACCGUCUCCAGCGUUCUCGGAAAGGUCGGCGCCGCUUGCUUGUCCGACUACACGGCCGCGAAGGCUGGGCUCAUAGCCAUGCACACCUCUCUGCAGGCAGAACUGAGGCAAUCGCCCAAACCCGGUGCGAAGAAUAUCAGGACGAUCCUGGUGACUCCCGGUCAAUUAGGAACUCAACUCUUCGGCGACCUUGACACGCCAUCCGGCUUCCUCGCCCCCAUCGUUGAGCCUGUCCAGGUCGCACAGGCUAUCAUCAGGAUGAUUGAUGCGGGUGAGGGUGGUGAGAUCAGUUUCCCACUCUAUGCAAGAUGGAUGGAGUGGAUGAAUGUCUUGCCAUCGGGGCUGCAGUGGAUAAUCAGAGGAGCUAGUGGUGUCGACGACGCCAUGCGCAAUUUCGGCGUUGACAUGAACAGGAAGAGCACAUAG